UAAUAAACUAUAAGCGUAAUUUUUUCAGUAUUCAUGUUGAAAUAUUAAAAAAGAAACGGACAAAUCAACGAGUAACAUUUUCAUAAACGUUCAAUAAAAAUGGAAUCGGAAUUGGCUCUGCUUUGCCGAAUUUGCCUUCGGAAUACAUCGAAUGUAGGAACAGAAAAUAUUUAUGAUUCUCCCGGUUCGAAUCAGUUGAGCUUAUUAAAAAUGCUUAGAUUGAUUUGUGCUGAAGUGUUCUCUUCCGAAGACAAUCUGCUGGCACCGAGCAGUUUUCCUCGAAUUGUUUGCAUGACUUGUAAAAAUGAAGUGGUGAAAGCCUACGAACUGUACGAGAAAUGUGUCGAAUCUGAUCGUAACUUACGGAAGACUUGCAUAGUAAAGUUGGAAAAAGGCAAUUCGGAUUAUGCGGACAUUCAGGAAUCGGCGGAUAGUUUUGAUGUUCCUGUGGCAAUAUAUUUCAAAAGUGAGAGCGAUUUGACCGAAAAUGAGGCAGUUUCUAACACUGCACGCAACAGUGAAGAUGCUACAUCCGAAGAACCGCUAACCGGUGAUUUUUUUUCCAUGUCAGAGCAGAACAAACAAACCCGCGAAACUGCAAAAAAAUAUUUUCCAGAAGAUCAGGGAAUUCACAGCAGUGAUGAACAAAAAACGGCAGUUCUUAAUAAAAGAAUAACUGAUCAUUUGAAUCAAAAUAAUGAAGAAUUACCGGUUUCUAAAAACCAAUGCUUAUUUUGCCUGAAAGAGUUUUGUAAUAAUAAAUCUCUAAAAAGACAUGUGAGAAAAUUUCAUUCGGAGAAACUUUCCCAAGUAAGCUCCGAUGAUAAUCAGACAGCUCACGUAAAUCCUUCAUCAGCUGUGAUAAAUCGAAGAGAGGAUGCAACAUUAUUGGAAAACAUAUCUAUGUCUGAUCAGAAUAAUCAAAUUUCAGACUCUCAAACGCAUUGUGUUCUUUGUUUGAAGCGAUUCUGUAAUGGAUCGUCAUUGCAAAGACACUUGAAGAAACAGCAUCCCGGAAAACGUCAUCUUUGGGCAAAAACCGACGGUAUACCAGCAGCUUUAGAUCGUUCAUUCGCUUGCCCGCUCUGUGAUAAAAAAUUCCAAAACUCUGCUCGGUUGCGAGAUCACACUCGCCGCCACUCGAAUCGGCAGCCGUUUCUCUGUACGUUUUGCGGCAAAGCAUUCAAGGACAACAGCAAUCUUAGGCAACAUUUAAUGCGUCAUUCGGGACAAAAAUCAUUUUCUUGUGAUCAAUGCCCGUCGAAGUUCUACACAAAGGCAGAAAAAGCAACUCAUAUGGUCACCCACACCAAAGAAAAGCGUUGGGCAUGCGAAACUUGCGGAACCAGAUUCACAAUGAAGAAUUCGCUUGUAAAGCAUGAACGAAUUCAUACUGGCAAUCGACCAUUUCCAUGUGAUGUUUGCGAUUUGAGAUUCGCUGCAGCCGAUCAUUUGAAACGUCACAUGCGGAUUCAUACAGGUGAGCGACCCUACAAAUGUCACUUCUGCGAACGUUCAUACUCUCAAAUCAACGAUCUUGUGAAGCACAGUCGCACCCAUCUGGGAAGUGACAAUCUUUACCAAUGCGACCGCUGUGAAUCAAGCUUCAGACUUCUGACCGACUUAAGGGACCACUAUAAAGUUCACUUUCAAGUUGUCGUUGGAAACAGGCCCGAAGGUGAAGGUGAUUCGAUUGAAGCAUAUACAAGUGCAGAAGGUGCUGCUGCUGAGAUCCGAUUCACCAGUCUUGAUAUGUUAAAAAGGAUAUAUGAGAAGACGCGACAACGGACAGAAACAAAUAAAAUCCAAGAUAGAAGAGAGACUGUAACGUCGAUUCCGGUGGAUAUUUCGGAAAUUCCUAUAGAAAAAUAAAAUUCUUUGUGGGUGAGCUUCGAAAGAAUGAUUUUAUUUCGAAA